UUUGUUAAUUUUUAAUAAAAUGGAACUGGUUGGUUUUUCUUUCUUUCUUUCUUUGCUCGGCUGUUUUAUCACCCCGUGGGUGCUAAUGAGAAUAAUUUUUCUAGCCCUACAUGCCGGCUAUCAGAUCGUCCCUGAUUAACGCUCUGCUACCUAGGAAUUUGGCAAAGCAGGGAGACCUGGCAUUUGCAAGCUUUUGCAAACUUUCCAAUUGGUUGCAUCCAGUCUGGCCUUCGGGUCAUGAAGGAAGGAAGGAAAGAAGAACAGCCAUGGCUGAGAGAGAUUACCUGUGACUUUGACAACUUUUGCUAGAAAAUUGAAAGAUUGGGGAACAGGUUGUGGUUCAUCUCAGACAUGGCAGUGCCCUGUGUCUUCCUUCUAACCGUGCUGGGAGCAGAAGUCACCAGCAAAUCCACUGACAGCUUGGAAUCGGAUGCAGAAUGCUGUGUCGAUGCAAUGGAAGCUAACAGCACCUGCCUCUCCAACAGCCAGUGCACUCCAGGCUGCUACAGGCGGUGGAACGAAGACGGCAGCAGCAGCUGCGUGAAAUGUGAGAACGAGACCCUCCCUGCGGCUCCAGCAUACAACCUGACAGACUGUCAAAACGAUGCAGCCGGAGAACUGAACUCUCUAAUCAACAUAACUACCCUAACUCCAGAGACCCUCGGUGUAGGAGGCCCUGAAGUCGCGGCUUCCCUAAUUUUUGGCACCUUUGUCAUCAGCCUCUUCCUCAUCCUCUGUGUUGCAUUCUUCUUCUACCUCAAACGUGCCAAUAAACUCCCCAAUCUCUUCUAUCGAAGAAGCAAAGGGUCCAUUGUACAGUCUGCUGAAUCAGCAUCCAUGUUAUCUCCACCUUCUUCAAUCCGGAAACCUCGUUACGUCCGACGCGAUCGUUCGCUCGCCUCCUCUACCACCAGCACGACUCUGUCCACUGAGACCCGGGUCAGCAACGUGUAGCUGUCGGGACUUGUUAAAUACUAGGCCAGCCAUCGAGUCACCGAGAAAGCACCUAAGUAGAGAAUCGGCAACAGGAGCCAUCCGGCUUCCGUGCGACGAGUGGACUCGUUCCAAUCGGCGGGAAACGGGGACUCUUAACACGUUGGGUUAGCUUUAGGAGAGAGAGAGAGAGAGAUGUUUCUGGCGACCCGGAUGGGACGCCAAAUUUCAUUUUCCUGGUGGCCAAGCAUCUUCAAGAAGCCUCUUUGCUCUGGACCCUGUGAUUUCUAUGGUUGGGAUUGAGGCCUCCUAGCCAGCGAGGAACCAACCGCCUUGAGGAAAUGGCCAUGCUUCAAGGGAAACUCAAGUGCCAUAUUUUGGGGGUUGUGUAUGCAUUUUUUGGAAACAAAAUGGCAUUGAAAAUGCUUUCCAGAGGGGGGCUGUUUCUCUCAAGAUGCGGGGUAGGCUGCUAGAAAGCACACUCCCUUCUUCCUGUUGUGUAAUUUCUUUAUUUUUCCUAGAGUUUGACCGAGGCCUUAAGCUCAGGGCAGCCUUGCCGUUUUUUGAGCAUCCAGAUAGGUUUGAUUCUCCCUUUUUAAUCUUCUUCGUGCCCAAGAAGGACCCAGCCAGGUUUCCCCUUCUUUUAGUAAAAUCCUAGCCUGCUCCCUGAGUUUUUAGUGUGUGUGUGUGUGAGUGUGUGUGAGUGUAUGUGCGUUGUGCGGCCAAACCCCCACCUUGGACAGGCCUGGCCCGUCUUCCCCAUGACCACACUUGGAAGCCCUUUGGAGUUAGCUCUUCAAGGGGUCAGCAGCUCACCCCAUGGUCUCCGCUCGCCAGCAGCUAGAAGAAAGGUGGGUGCUUGGGAACACAGCUAGUCCUUGACUUACAAUGGUUCAUUUAGUGACCGAAGCUACAACGCCACUGAAGGAUGUCACAUUUAUAACCAUUUUUC